CAAAUAUAUUGUGUACAUACUGUCCACCACAUUACAUCUGCCUAGUUAUCCCUCUAUCCCCAACCAUGACUCUCAUCUCAAGUUCUCUCCAUUUUAACAACUCUUACUCAAAAAUAUGGUCAUGGUUCAGCAAGGAAACCCUCCGAACUGAUGAUUUCGCGAGCCUAUUUUUCGCUGUUGUUGGUGUUUUUGUAAUUUUCCGGUAUUCAAUGAUGUUCAUCAAGUCCAAGAACGCAAAGCCACAAUCACCACCGGGACCUCGAGGCCUCCCUAUAGUGGGAAACCUUCCUUUCCUUGAACAAGACCUUCACACUUACUUCACCAAACUAGCUUGUACCUACGGAGCGGUUGUGAAACUCCAACUCGGAAGCAAGAUCGGUAUCGUGGUCUCCUCCCCAUCGACGGCCCGAGAAGUACUUAAAGACCAAGACAUCACAUUCGCCAACCGGGUUGUGCCAGUGGUUGGCCUGUUAGCAAAUGGGGGUCAUAACAUAGUUUCCAGCCCCUACGGCCCUCAAUGGAGGAUGUUAAGAAAGGUAUGUGUACUCAAAAUGCUUAGCAAUGCUACUUUGGACAAGAUGUAUUCGCUUCGCCGAAGAGAAACACGAAAAACCGUGGAUUAUUUAUAUGCUAACGCUGGAGCGCCAGUAAAUCUCGGUGAGCAAGUGUUUCUAACGAUAUUUAAUGUGGUGACCAAUAUGAUAUGGGGAAGCACGGUUGAGGGGGAAGCCGGGGCCAACAUCGGUGCAGAGUUCAAGCAAGUGAUGUCAGUAAUAACAGAGAUUUUGGGCCUGCCUAAUAUUUCGGAUUUUUUCCCAGUCCUUGCCCCUCUUGAUUUGCAAGGUCGAUGGAAACGUAUGUCGAAACCAAUGGAGAAGUUGAAUGGAAUAAUUGAUAAUAUGAUUGAUCAACGGCUGAAUGUGGUGAAGGAAAGUGGGGACUUUUUGCAGUUUCUCUUACAGUUGAAGAAUGAUAAUGAUCCCAAGACACCUCUCACCAUGGAUAAUAUCAAAGCUUUGAUCAUUGAUAUGAUAGUAGGAGGAACGGAUACAUCCUCCAGUUCAAUUGAGUUCACAUUGGCUGAAGUCAUCAACAAUCCACAAGUAAUGAGAAAAGCACAGAAAGAACUAGAUGAAGUAGUUGGCAAAGACAACAUUGUGGAAGAAUCUCACAUUUAUAAAUUACCCUACGUGCUUGCAAUUAUGAAAGAGUCGUUGCGUUUGCAUCCGGUUCUUCCUCUCCUAGUCCCCCACAGCCCCGCCGAGGCCUGCACCCUCAGCGGCUACGCUAUCCCGAAAGGUUGUCGGGUGUUCAUCAAUGCCUGGGGAAUUCAUAGGGAUCCUUGCAUAUGGGAAAAUCCUUUGGUGUUCAACCCCGACCGGUUUCUGAAUAGCCAAUGGGAUUUCAAUGGGAAUGACUUCAGUUAUUUUCCUUUCGGGUCCGGCAGAAGAAUGUGUGCUGGGACAGCAAUGGCUGAACGGAUGGUGUUGUACUCCAUUGCCACACUUUUGCAUUCUUUUGAUUGGAAGGUGCCGGAGGAGGAUGACAAGUUAGAUCUUUCGGAGAGGUUUGGGAUUGUCCUCAAGUUGAAGAAUCCACUCAUUGCAGUUCCAGUACCAAGGUUAUCAAACCCAGCUCUCUACCAAUUUUAGAUG